AUGUCCAUCCACCUGAGCAGCCAGGCCUUCAGCUCGCGCUCUGCACCCCGCUCGAGUGUGGGGCGCUCCGGACACUUCAGCAGCCGCAGCCUGCUGGGCCUGGGCGCCUCGAGGCCUCGAUUGGCUGCACACUCCGGCGCCUGGGCCUCCGGGGGCCCCGGCAUUCGCGCUGUCACCGUCAACCAGAGCCUGCUGGUCCCACUGCAAAUGGACAUCGACCCUGGCCUCCAGCAGGUGCGCCAGGAGGAGCGAGAGCAGAUCAAGACCCUCAACAACAAGUUCGCCUCCUUCAUCGACAAGGUACGGUUUCUGGAGCAGCAGAACAAGCUGCUGGAGACCAAGUGGGAGUUGCUGCAGAAGCAGAAGGGGAAUCAGAGCAGCCGCCUGCCGAGCAUCUUUGAAGCCCACAUUGCUGACCUGCAGAGGCAGCUGGAGGGGCUGCAAGCUAAUCGGAGCAAUCUGGAAGUGGAGCUGCGCAAUGUUCAGGACACGGUGGAGGACUUCAAGAAUAAGUAUGAAGAUGAAGUUAACCGCCGCACAGCUGCUGAGAAUGAGUUUGUGGUGAUAAAGAAGGAUGUGGACACUGCUUACAUCAACAAGGUGGAGUUAGAAGCUAAGGUGGAAGCCCUGAAUGAUGAGAUAAACUUUUUGAAGAACCUCUAUGAAGUAGAGUUGGCAGAGAUGCAGUCCCAGAUCUCGGACACUUCUGUGGUCCUGUCUAUGGACAACAACCGCUCCCUGGAUCUGGACAGCAUCAUCACUGAGGUCAAGGCCCACUAUGAGGACAUCGCCAACCGUAGUCGGGCUGAGGUCGAGACCAUGUACCAGACCAAGUACGAGAGCCUUCAGGCCCAGGCUGGCAAGCAUGGGGAAGAACUCCGGAAUACUCGGAACGAGAUUGCAGAGAUGAACCGGACCAUCCAUAGAUUGCAGUCUGAGAUCGACACUACCAAGAACCAGCGUGCCAAACUGGAGGCCACCAUUGCCGAGGUGGAGGAGCGUGGGGAGCGGACUCUCAAGGAUGCCAGGGACAAGCAGGCCGAGCUGGAGGCCGCCCUGCAGCGGGCCAAGCAGGACAUGGCACGGCAGCUGCGCGAGUACCAGGAGCUGAUGAGUGUGAAGCUGGCCCUGGACAUCGAGAUCGCCACCUACCGCAAGCUGCUGGAGGGCGAGGAGAGCCGGUUGGAUGGAGAUGGUGCAGGUGCUGUGAACAUCUCUGUGGUCAAUUCCACCUUAGCAAAUAGCGGCACUGGCAGCAAGCUGACCUUCGGGGGCACCAUGGGUAGCAACGCCCUGAACUUCUCCAGCGGUGGUAGUCCUGGGACCUUCAAGUUGCAAUCCUUCAGGACCACAUCUUCCACCCGCAGGAGUGCCCUUAACUGAACCAGUAGCCCCUUACCUGAACUCCACACACAUCACCCAUGGACACCCUUCCCUGCCUGUGCCUCUUGCCCCAAUACUGCAAGUCUGGAAAAGGAUGUGGGGAUGGUCCCGAAUAAAGCAGUCUCUGAGAUCUG